UCAAACCAGAAAAAAAAGUGUCCAAAAAUGAUUUGUUCUUUCUGCAAUAGCCCGUGAGAGAGUUUCCCAAUUACACGACAAAUUUUCCUUCUCCCAAAUACAAACAAUCUGGUGGCCGGCUACUUCACAUGCCACCAAAAUCUUUCAAAUUCACAGCUUCUCUCUCUCUUGGUCUUAUAUCAUCAGACACAUCUCUCUCACUCUUUCUCUCUCCUAACCAAGCAAUACUCAGAAAAAAAAAAGAGGUACCACUCUCUCAAGAGCUAGAUCACAACCAUUUGUAGUCAUGAUUUCUUUCCAUAAACUCCUUUUCUGGUUUUUUACAGUAUAUAUCUGUUAAAGCCUGAUCACUUUUUCAAGAACCGUCUCUUUUGCCCAAUUUGACUUCAACUAUGUUUUUUCGGGAUAUGAGUUUAUUCAUGAUCAGUCUCUUUUAUAGCAUCAAACCAUAAUAUUAUUAUCCCCACUCACAAACUUGUAACGUCCUUUUUCCUUCUUUCCUUUGAUUCUUGUGCACAACUUCUCCCAUAAACCCUACUCCAACAACUGGAUCCUUUCCCAACAACAAACAUAUUCAUUCAUUUUCUAUGCUUUUAAUUUCUCUACCGCGAUAUAAACGGCUUUGAAUUCUCUGAGCGUAAUCAGAAGUCUCCAGAAGCUUCUACCCUCUAUGACGCAAUUCACAACUUCACUAACUUAUCUGCAACAAACUACAACACUUCCAUUUUCAAGCUCUUCUUCUUCCAUGAACAAAAACAAUCAAAUACCAACUAAACCAUGGUUCCCAACUUCCAAAGCCUUAUCCACCUUUGGUGACACAAAUUGCAUGGAACAGUUACUUGUUCAUUGUGCAAACGCGAUUGAAACCAAUGAUGUAACACUCGCUCAACAAAUCCUUUGGGUUCUCAACAACAUAGCACCGCAAGACGGCGAUUCAAAUCAACGGUUAGCUUAUAGUUUCCUUAGAGCCCUUACGAACCGCGCUGCGAAAACUGGUACCUGCAAAAUGCUAGUAGAACAAGUUUAUUCAAGUGCUCAUAAUAGUCUUACAGUAGAUACACACAGAUUCUCGGUUAUUGAGCUAGCUAACUUCGUUGAUUUAACGCCUUGGCAUCGAUUCGGUUUCGCAGCAGCUAAUGCAGCCAUUCUUGAAGCAACAGAAGGUUUCUCGGUUAUUCAUAUUGUUGAUUUGAGUUCAACUCAUUGCAUGCAGAUUCCUACAUUAAUCGAUGCUAUCGCUAAUCGUCACGAAGUUGCUCCUUUGAUCAAACUCACUGUUUCUGACCAUGCUAAUAGCAGUGAUCAUGAACUUCCACCUAAACUCGAUCUUUCUUAUGAAGAAUUAGGAUCUAAGUUGGUGAAUUUCGCUAGAUCAAGAAAUGUAACAUUGGAGUUCAGAGUAGUUUCUUCAAGUUACACAAAUGGUUUUGCUUCUUUGAUUGAACAUUUGAGAGUUCAACGUUUAGUUUAUUCAGGUGAAGCUUUGGUUAUUAACUGUCACAUGAUGCUUCAUUAUAUUCCAGAUGAAACCCUAUCAAAUUCAAACUCUUAUGUUUAUGAUUCUAUAUCGUCUUCUUCUUCUUCUUCUGCUGCUACUACUACUACUACUUCGCUAAGAUCGUUGUUUCUUAAGGCGAUUCGAGGUUUAGAUCCAACACUUGUUGUUUUAGUAGACGAAGAUGUUGAUUUAACUUCAAGUAACUUGGUUAGUAGAUUAAGGUCAGCAUUUAACUAUCUAUGGAUACCUUAUGAUACUGUGGAGACUUUUCUGCCGCGCGGAAGUAAACAAAGGCAAUGGCAUGAAGCUGAUAUUUGUUGGAAGAUUGAGAAUGUGAUAGCUCAUGAAGGUGUUCAAAGAGUUGAAAGAGUUGAGCCGAUAGGAAAAUGGGAACAAAGAAUGAGAAAUGCCAAUUUUCAAGGGGUUGGAUUUGGUGAGGAAUGUGUUGUUGAAGUGAAAGCUAUGCUUGAUGAACAUGCUGCUGGAUGGGGAUUGAAGAAAGAAGAUGAAUGUAUUGUGCUUACAUGGAAAGGUCAUAAUGUUGUUUUUGCUUCUGCUUGGUUGAAUGCUUAAUUAGUUCAACAUUUUUGCUCCUUUGUAUUAUUCUUUGCAUAAUAAUGUUCUUGUUUUUCUGUUUAGUGUUUGGUCUUGAAUAACUUUUUGAAAUGUAUUCUUAAGAGUAAAUAAGUAGAUGAGAUGAUAUGUUUGUGUUUUUAUUGUGCUGUUAUAUUUUUAUUGUGUUAAUUAGAUCUUC